AUGGCCCCUCUCACGACCUUUCACCCGUUUCCGAGGCUACCCUGGGAACUUCGCAAUGAGAUAUGGAAGUUCUCUAUCCGCCCACUUGACCUUCCUGGAGCGCACGUCUUUUGCGUCGAGGAGCGAGGCUUAGAAGACACCAAAUACAAAGAAAACGACGUACACUGCGCUCGUAUUUCUCUGGAGCCCCAUUUUGACGAGCCUGACGACACCUUCCUUCACAAUGCCGUUCCCGCGAGGACAUUGUCGUCCGGGCCGACCGGUAAUCCGUCAUUAUACUUGGUUGAUGGGGGGUUGUGGACUGCCUGUAGAGAGUCCAGAGCAGCAAUGGAGAGGGCCUUUAAGCAUCAAAUGUGGGACCCGAAGAGGUGGGCUUAUCCGCACUAUCGAGCAAUGCAGAGGAUUGCCUGGAGGAGGUCUCGUGAUUUUUACAUUUCUUCAUCGCCUGCACCGAUCGAGCCAUCCCCGUCUCGCUCGCCUUCUCCCGAGUAUCCUCCAUACCCAUAUGUGGGGCUUGAUACCCAUCUGGUGCCGGCGACUGGAUUCUUUCUAUCGACAUCCUCCUCGGCUUCAUUUUCGCCCGCCACCGAAGGAACCGGCAAAGCUGAGCAACCUACCGCUGAAAGCAAAACCUUUCCGCACUACUUUACUGUCCUCCCGCAUCAGGAUCUCUUCAUUAUUCGCCCAUCGGCCUGGUCCCCAGAUAGUAACGAUUCGUACUGGCAGAAACUCGAACUUGGCUUUCCCCAUUGGUCGCCAAAAAUGGGGUUCUACGGCUUCGGCGAACGCAAUGGUCUUGCGAUUGAGUUUGAUCCAACCUGGAGUAAGGAGUCGAAAACUCACAUAUCCGAAAUGAUAUAUGAUGCCGUCAUGCAUUUUGCCGAUAAUGGGGCCGUUCAGACCCUUUGGCUUAUUGACUAUCGCCUCAAGCCAAAGGAUUAUAUGCCCACAGAGAAGCGAGAGCCAACCCGUAACCAAAAAGCUUGGUACGGUGGUGACGGAUCCCGGUUUGUCGAGGUGUGCUCUCAAUUUCUUGAGGAAGGUGGUGAAUACCUCAAUUGGUACUACACAGAAGGGAUCGAUGGGGACAAUUCGGCCAUCGCUAAAGGGUCGUGCCAUUCGUUUAUCGAGAACUUUGAAUGGUAUCAUUUUGGAGAUAUCUAUGAACGACAGUCUUCCGGGUCCGACAAUUUCUUUUCGAGGUUCCCUCCCUAUGUCGGAAUUCUUGCUUGCCUACGUUAA